CUCACCAUCACAACAAGCUAUUUCAUUCGUUCAUCCUUCUCGUCGCAUAUAUAGAUAUAUAGAGUCGUUCCUGGAUAUAGAGGACUGUUUCAGAAGUGAAGCGUGACUAGGACUGCGACGAGCCCAUUGUUGGCUCAUGGCUGUUUCUCGAGAAAGUCUGUGGAAUAGUGGUCAUGAUGAAUCUGUGGAGGUGAAUCAAAGGGCUCUUAUUGACAAGGUCCUGGCACGGUAUUCCGGCGAGUUCACCGUCUUCCGAGAGCUACUCCAGAACUCGGACGACGCCUCUUCAAAAUCUGUAGAAAUUCACUUCGAGACACAGGCCCAUCUUGAUCGAAGGAAGACAGCAUCGGAAGUCGCAAGUAUCGAGCUCCCUCUAGUAGUUGACAAGUUUCCAGAUUUGAGAACGGAACCGGUGUCUCAAUGGACGUUUAAGAACAAUGGCAUCAUAUUCCGCGAGGAAGAUUGGAAUCGACUAAAGAAGAUUGCUGAAGGAAACCCCGAUGAGGAAAAGAUAGGGGCAUUUGGCGUUGGUUUCUACAGUUUAUUUUCUGUCACUGAGGAGCCCUUUGUAACUUCUGGGGAUAAGUGGAUGGGGUUCUAUUGGAAAGAUAAGAAGGAUCAACUAUUCGCUCGUCGUGGCACGCUCCCCCAGCCUUCUCAAUGGACAACAUUCGAGAUGGCGCUCCGCGAACCGGCACCGAUGCCCGUCGCUUUUGAUCUCAGCCGCUUUCUUGUGUCGUCUAUAACAUUCAUGGUCCAUCUUCGUGAAGUUUGCAUAUAUUUUGAUGGUCGGAUGCUUUCACGACUUGUGAAGGAUCCGGGAGGUGCGACCGCGGUGUCUAUUCCGCAGGGUCUAAAAACGAAAAGUCCGCUAAGCACGAUGCACAUUAGGGCUAUUUCAUCGACACCGUUGUUCAUUGAGGCCGAAGUAGCGCGCUCUGUUUACAAGUCGGGUACAACGAAAAUGCAAAUCAUCACACAGGCAGCCCGUGCUCUCAAACCUGCAGCUGCAGCUGUCUCCUCUGGUUUCUUCUCGUCUCUUUCGUCUUUGUUCUCCAGUCCAUCGCAGUCAUCAACCCCACAACGCACAGAGACGCAGACAGCUCCUUUGUCACUAGAACGAGAGAAAGACCCUUUAGAGUUACUUAAGUCGAGCGUCGUUCUGCACAUAUUUUCCGCGGAGGUCGACGUUCGAUUAGAUAGGAAAAUGAGCACAGAGUUGCAACGAUCUACGAAGAAGAGUCCGCCGAACCAUUUGCGUUAUGAUCUGAUUUAUACGGGGAAAUCUGAAUACGAUGCCAGUAUGAAAGAGGACGAAAAGUUUCAAGACUCUACGGGGAGCAUUUUUCAAGGACUGAGGGCUGACUUGGAAGGUUCUGGGUCCGCUCGGAUAUUUAUUGGCCAUGCCACAGGGCAGACUACAGGGCUCGGUGGACACAUGGCGGCACGUUUCAUCCCGACGGUGGAGCGCGAAUCUAUAGACCUAGUUGAUCGUACUGUAUCUCAAUGGAAUAAGGAACUUCUUUACGUCGGUGGAUUUCUCGCACGGGCGGUGUACGAAACCGAAAUAAUGAGUAUUCGUGAGCUCUGGACUGCGUCUGCUGAAGGAGGGUCUGGCGGAAUUGACGAGCAAAUCCAGUCAUGGUUGACAGACCGAUGCCUACACGCUCUCAAAUUUUUCACGUUCCAUCCAUCGACUCCAUCGAAUGUCGUUUCUAACCUACUCGAAGCCGCAUUUUUCUCCUCCGGAACUUCACAACCAUUUUCAAUCAUGUCAUCCAUAGGAGUUAAGAGUGCGGCGGAUGUACGCAUCCCGGACUCGACCUUCUCUUCGUUCCUAACGCAAUUGCCGGUCCUCCCAAAAGAAAUUGCUACCGGAGCAGAACUAUUGGUCAACGCGCUCCGAAUCCGUGGGCUGAUAAAAGACAUUUCCUUCGCUGAUGUGCUUGGCGAACUUCGCGCUCGUCCGCUUUCCCAGACAGAGCUUGUAGCUUGCAUGAAUUGGUUCGUUCGUGUAUGGGCCGCUGGAGAGAGCGUCCAUCCCAACCUUCCACAAGUGCGACAACAACUCAUAGAAGCUGCACUGCUAUCUAUUGGAACGGGUACAGCGAAGGAAAGAAUUGUGCCGUUGGAACAGAUACGUUCUUUCGUUAAUCUACGUUCGAUGGGGUCUGUUCUACCACUCGACGGACCCAUACCGGAGCACACUAUCCCGAUCGAAGUAAGCAAGAAUUUCCAGGUUUCCGACCUUAUCUCCACCUUUGGCUGGCAAGAACUUACCAUUGUUGACUGGACGCGCUUCGUCGUUAGUCCUGCCGCAUCAGCAGGCGGACCGGAGCAUGACAUUACAAUCUCAGCAAUUUGGGCGGAACGUGUCCUAAACACCCUCGCGAGAGCUUGGCCAUCUAUGUCAAAAUCACACCAGGCUGAAAUUGUGAAUUUGCUCAAGGAUAAAACUUGCAUUCCGACACGUUCUGGACUCAAACAACCAGGAGAGGCCUAUUUCCCGAAUGCACAUGUCUUCCCUGAUCUUCCUGUUGUGACAAUGCCGAAAGGAAGUCAAGUGAAGGGUAAUCUUGAAAAAGUACUCGAGGCGCUUGGAGUGCGAAAACAUGUUGAACUUCAAGUUGUCUUCGAUCGUAUGAUAAAAACUGGAGAUUGGACGAUUGCAGACCUGAUCAAGUAUCUCGUCGCUGUCCAACAGACGUUAUCGUCGGUGGAGAUGGAUCGCUUGCGUCAGACUUCCUGCUUUGCGAAAGAGACGGUAGGCGAUGAAGCCGAAACGGGUCAAGUAACCAAGCCGAGGUUUAAGGCAGGAGAUUUGUAUGAACCUUUGGAUGUAUUUCGCCAACUUAAGUUACCGAUCAUCGACUGGGGUGCACAGACAAAAUGGAAGCCUCAUUCAGAAGAAGCAAAAUUCCUAUUCGCGCUGAACCUUCGUCGGUUUCCACCGUUGUCUGAAAUUCUUACAAUAGCUUCAGAUCAGGAUGAAGUGCGUCGGUCAGCAGGAUUGCGAUACUUCUUGGACAAUAUUGCCAAAUAUCCAGACUAUGACCCAACAGCGGCAAAUAGCCCGCCGUUUGUACCUGCAGUAAAGCCCGACGGCAACCCCACGAUGGGUACACCAGAUCAGGUCUUCAUGAACUCCGAUGCAGCUGUAUUCGGUUUCUUGGUCGCACAUUCUGAUGUUCGUGACGACGCCCAGGCCAGACUCAAGCUUAAACAGCACCCGCCUUUAUCAGCCAUUCUUCCAAUUCUGGAGAAAUCACCGCCAAAGGAUCCGUCUCUGGCAAGAAAAUGGUUCGAGACACUUGCUGGUCGAAUUACUGAGCUUUCCCCUGCUCAGUUGAAGAAGCUGACACAGAUGCAGAUCGUUCCUGUUGCUCAACCUUUGUCAGCAGCAAAAGACGUUGAAAAGGUGCAGGCCCGGUUACUUGCCCCGAAGGAUUGCUAUUUCAAGCGAGAGGGUAGUGAGAAUCUCCAUUCUAAGCUCUUCGUCUUCGUCGACUUCGGCACAAAGGCCAACGCAUUCUUGAGUGCAUGUGGAACGAAACAUGAACCUUCAGUCGAAGAGAUUGUGCAGAUUCUUCUCGAAGAUCCUAAGCGAUUCUAUCGGCUCGCCGGAGGGAAAGACAGUUAUCUCAUGGAAUUGAGAAACAUUGCCAUAAAUCGACGCUUAAUUUCUCCUGGCAUUGUGUCACGCAUGAAGAAGUCGGCGAUAUUACUUGGGAUACGGCGUGUCAAAAAAGAAAAGUCUGGCUCAAAGAAAGAAGCCAUUGAUGAUGCUCUCGACGAAGAAGAAUGGGAUUCUCAAUAUGAUCUUCUAAAACCCGAUCAAGUUGUUGUCGCAGACGACACAAAUGCGUUUCAAUUCUUCGGUGAUUCCGUCUUUUCGGCUCCUCAAGAAGACAUCCUGGAGAACUUCUACUCCGAGCUCGGCUCCCCUCGAUUGACUACUCUUGUCAGAGAGGACUAUAAGACUAGUGCGGAAAUUAAGGAUGCGAAGCUAGCUAGAGACGUUCGGGCACUGAUCUUAGAGCGUCUCCCUCUAUUCUUGCAUGAGCACACGCACGUGAGAUCUAAGGUUCAAUAUAGCUGGCUCAAUAACGAAAGGAACUUCGUUGUGCGGACGUUUGGCAAAUUGACGGUAACCAAGCACCUCAAUUUCGAAGCAACUCGGAUUUCCCGAAAUCAAGAUGCGUCGGCCACCGCGAAGAAGGCAACUUUCGGACCAGUAGAACUUUGGCUCGCGGGAAAUGCACAGGUUGACAUGUAUGAAGUGGCUAUUUCGCUCUGCCGUGUACUCUUUGAUGUGCCAAAAGUCAAUGAUGCUUUGCUGUUCAUGACCAUAUUGUCUACCGACCUUAGGGCCUUAAGAAGAAGAGGUUACAACGUGGAUCGCAUCCUGAAGAAACAGCGUGCUGAACGUGAGGCCGCAGAACAAGCCAGGAGGGAGCAGGCCAGAGAAAUGGAAAAACUUGUUUCUGAUAUCUCACCAAAUAUGCCACAGCAUCCGCCCCCAACAAUUGCAUCUAGUUCUACUGAACCGAUAUCCCAGCCCCCGCAACCCGCAUCGACUGAUGGCCCACCUUCUCCUCCAUCCAAAGAUCUUGAAGAGCGAUCGCAUCGGCCGACGUCAAGCAUUGCUAAUCAAUUCGCAAAUUGGCGGCGUAAAUUGGGUGUGGCGAACAGGGGUGAUACCUCCAACACUAUUGCUGAAGAUGGGCAUUCAUCUACUAGUCCUUCAAGGCCAACCUCUUCUCAAGGUCGUUCGCGUUCACCGCCAAUUCCAGGUGGAUUUCCGGGUGUUGACAGUGCCCCACACCAGCCUCAAAGCAACGUCACGCCUCUAAGUAGCAUAGAGUCAAAUAUCAAACAAGCUAUCACAGCGUGUCGAGAGGAACGUGGCAAUGUUCUUCAAAAUCGCGAAACUAUGCAAACGGUUCAUGAGACCCUUGAUGAAGGUUAUUGUGAUAUCUCAGGCCGUGUCAGCGACUUGGUAAAUAUCGGGUCCAUGUCUGACAUCAAAGUUUUUGUGGCGAAAGAUGUUCCUGAAGGAAGAAAUAUCAUAGCUGCUAAACAUGAUUCGAUUGCUCGUUUCAUACAUGUCAUCCGUCCGUUGCGCACAUUGUACAAGCUACCACCAACAAGUGUCAACAUUUUCUACGAUAUGGAAGGCGAUUCCAUCGCUUUCAAUCGCAAUGCAAGCCUCUUCGUAAACUUGCGAUAUUAUGAAGCAUGGCAUGAUCAUGACGUCCACAAUGGCAAUUUAUCGAAGGCAUUUAUCUCAUGGUUCUUCACGCUCGCCCAUGAGAUUGCACACAAUCUCGUUCAGCCGCACAAUUCUGAGCAUGAAUUCUAUUUCUCGUCGAUCUGUGAAGCACAUGUCACACAGCUUAGUGGACUUAUUUCCGGCACUAGUUCGACUUGACUAUCGGUCCUUUCGACAUGCCACCUACUCGACAAGUGUUGCUAGACAAUGAUUUCCGCCCACUUUGUUCUAACUUAUUCCAAGUCUUGUAUAUAUGCCUCACAUUAUCCACCACUCUUCAUUGUACUGCUCCGGCAACCAUAGUUCUAAGUCACUGAUUUCAACUUGUCUACUGACUAAGACCUGUCAAACAGUUGACGAAAUAGCUUAUCUUGCCUCAGACCAAUAUCUUCUAC